AUGGGUCGAUCAUCAUUCAAAGUUGAAAUAAAUAAAAAUUGUUUGGGGAUUACUGAUUAUGAUAAAUUCGAUAUAUUAUUGGAUGUUGAAAAGAACAAAGUAAUGGAUGGAAGUGGGAAAAUAGCUGGCACUAUUGUAAAUAAAUGUUUACGUUCUAUUGACUGCACAAAAAUUCACAACAAAAACAGAAAAUCUGACUCGUGCGUGAAGUGUUGUGAUUUGAAAAGCAAGCUAGAUACAAAUCUCCAAAAAGUUCAUAAAAUUCUAGAAAAUCCAAAUACUCUUCCUCCUUAUUCAUCCAUAAUACCAUAUCCUCAAGUCAUGUAUCAACUAUUACGUGAAACUACGAAAGCUUUGGGAAAGUGUGAGCCCAGUAACUUUGAAACAAAAAUAAUAGAAUCAUUAAGGAAGGCCAAAGCACAAUAUGAGAUUAAUUCAAGUCUUAAAUCAAAACAUAUUAAAAUGAACAAAGAUCCAACAAUUGAAAAUAAGCAAUGUGAGCAAGAAUUACUAGAAAAUGAGCAAGAAUUAAUUGAAAAUGAGCAAGAAUUCAUUGAAAAAGAUACUGAUCAAUCCAAACAAUCCAAAAAAACUGAUAGAUACACACACAUUCCACCUCAAAAACAAAAUCCAUUAUCAUCCAAAGGUUUUGGAAAAUUCGAGGAAUGUUUUUUUGUAAAAUUUCUUCAUAACCAAUUAGAAAAUUUCACUCUACCCCCAAAUGCUCACAGAUAUGAUGAAGUAAUGAAACGGUAUUGGUUUCUUGGGAGGUAUUUUAGUGGAAAGCAAUUUUUCAAUCAACUAUCCGGUAAAAAGAAUCAACAAAUUCCUUGUAAUUGGAGAACAAAUCUGCAAUACAACAUAGUGAUGCCAAGUAACAACACCAUGAAAAACUGGUUACCAAAAGGAAGCAUUGGAAUAUGUACAUAUUCUGAUUCAGUAUUCAAUAGUUUAGAACCUAAUUCGUGUAAAGAAGUAUGUGUUUCAAUGGAUGGAAUGAAGGUUCUGAAAAAAUUGGAAAGAAUGAACGGUCAAGUAAUUGGAACAUCUCAAAAAAUUAAUGUGAAAACACCACCAUCCAACCAUAAUAUCAACCUUAGUGAAGUUACUGAAGAAAUGGUACUUUUUAAUGUUAAUGCAAUAGAUAACAGUUGGCAUUGUCCUUUAGGAUGGUUUGCUAUAUCUUCUGCUGACAAAAUUAAUGACUUCAUUUACGAAAAAAUGAUAUUAUGUAAUGAAAAAUUAAAAGGUUACUCUCUAAAAAUGGUGUGUGGAUGUGCAGAUGGUGAGGCAGAUGCUAAAAAUUUGCAGAAACUUUUACGAGAGAAAAUUGAUCCAAAUUUCAUAUUUGUGACUGAUUAUGUACAUAAUUUCAAGAAUCAAAGAAAUUGUUUGUUCAAUGGGACAAUUUUGAAAAACAUUAAUAUGUCAACACUUAUUAAGUUGAUGAAUAAUUAUCCACAUCUAUAUGAAAUGCUGGAUAAAGAAGAAGUCUCACCCUCAGAUAUUAUGGCUAUUAAUCCAUGUCUUGAACUGACCUCUCCAAAAGUAGUAGAAGUGUUAAAAUCACUCAGAAAUAAUGAUGCUGCCAUUUUGGCUAAAUAUUUAGAAACUAUUCGAGAAGUGUAUGAUGUCAUUAAUGAUAAUGAUGUUGACAUUGUUGAUAAAUUAGAAUUAUGUAAAGAAUAUUUUUCAAAUAUUCCUGCCAAGCAAUAUCCUGAAAAAACUAGAAACAUUUGUCUUCAUACUAUUGAAGGAUUUCAAUAUCUUGCAAAUACCUAUUCAAAUUUUAGACCAAGUUGUAUAACAACUAAUUAUAAUGAGCUAAUGUUUUCCAUUAUUAGAAAGAGGUAUCCACGAGCCACAGCAAAGCAAUUCUGUUCAUCAAUAUUAAUUGCCUUCUAUAUUUUCCUAUUAACAUCUUGCUCAGAAGAGGUGAGAGGAUUUUCUCUUCCUGAAACGGAAUGGACUGAGCAUUAUAGAGGAAUGAAACUUAAAAUUAAGUCUCUCCCAAAUCUGAAAAAUAUUGAUCCGAAUUUUGUAGAAUUAACUAAAGAUGAAAUUAAUGCAUUAGAUAAAUGGUUGACUAAGGUAAAUCAUAAUAUUGAAGGAUAUGUACGUAAAAGUACUCUCAGAAUGGAAUCAUGUGCCCCUAAAAAAUUAUUCCUUUGCUGCCCAAUUAAUGGAUGUGAUCGUCAAAAACCUUAUAUUGUGAAAGGCCAAUUCAAGAAUCAUCUAUUAUCCAAGCACUCUGAUAAAAUAACUAGUGAACAACAAGCUAUAUCUGUAGUUAGAGAAUUAGAGUGCAAACAUUUUGAAUUACAGUUUUUAGCUGAUUCUGAAGUACGAAAGAACAGUGUUAACCUUAAUAAGCAAGAAAGAGAAAAAAUAUGUGAAGAAUCUUCUAUAUCCAAUAAGUCACAAGACACAAUGAGUACUCUUACACAACUGUCAAUAAGGGACUCCAGUACGUGUGAUGGUUCGACACGUACAACCAUUCAACAACCAACCAAUCAAAUAAUUACUCCUCAACUUAAUAAUAGUAAUGGUAUUGAAAAAUAUUUGGUUUCAAAGUAUUUGAAUGAAACUAAAAUUCACAUAGAUAUUAGCAAUGAUGAUAUUGUAGAGAGCGUAAUAUCUGUGAAAAAUAAUGAAAAUUAUCAUGUUGUUGUCUUAGAUUUAGAAACUACUGGGCUAAUGCCAAAUGACCAUGAAAUAGUGCAAGUGGGAAUGAUUUCAUUAAUUUCCAAAUGUGCAUUUUCAAUAUAUAUUAAACCAAAAUACCAUGAUUGGAGUAGUCAUGCUAAAAAAUUACAUGUUGACAAAAUGAAUGAAAUCAAUAAUGGAAAACAAUUAGACCAAAUUAUCAUUCCAAUCCACAAUUAUUUAACAAAGAACAAUAGUUGUACUGCUGUUGUAUUGGUACAUUCAACAUCAUUGGACAGAAAUUUCCUCAUGAAAGCAUUGACAAAACAUGGCUUACCUAUUGAUAGGUACAUGAUAGUGAAUACUAUAAGCGAAGAAUUCUUCCCUAAGCAGAAACUUGAAACACUGUUCAACCAAGUGAACAAGCCAAUGAAUACAACAACAAAAGAUAUAAUAGGUGUUGCACAUGAUGCAGCCUUUGAUACGGCCAUGUUGUUUGAUAUAAUCAAACACAAAUUUGGAGAUAAUAUUGAUGGUGUUUUAGAAGCAUGUAUGUGCUUUCAUGGUCGUCUGUGUGGUGAUAAAAAGAGGAAGAAACCUAAUCAUGAUAUUAACACAAAGAGAAAGAAGAAGAAGACAGAACCCAAUACAAGUUCCGAUCAUUUUUUUAAACAAUCACAAAUAAUAGAAUUUAUUCCCUGGACACCAGAUACCAACAAAAAUACAACCCGACAAAGGAAAACGAGAAGAAACAAAAAGUGA